GCACUAAUUAGACCACACGCCGAAAUCUUGAGAGGUGCGCGUGUGAUCUUUGUCCCUCGCCGCGUCAGCUUGCUGUGCGAGGACGACACUGGCCUCACUAUUGAGUAGGGCACGCAUUUCCAUUGGCGGCGUUUCUGCGGCGGGUCUCGUGGAGGACCCGCGCCAUCACAGGGAGAUUCGGCGAAAAGAGUGAGAAUUGGUGACGCCUAUCUACCCCAUCUCUUUCCGCUUCUGUGUCAAAGGGGUAGCAGAAGAGAUGGUGUACGUGAGGUUAACAAGAAAUAGAAGGAUGCUUACGAAGACGGUCGAGGGAUGGCGAUAAGAAGAUCUGAGGGUUACCGUGUUAAGGGAUCAAGGACUGGCUUGAAGGGCCAGAAGAAGGCGCCUGGUGAAGUAAUAGGGGACAAGAGAAGGCAGAAUGUGAUAACAUCAGCAGGGACAAAGAGGCGAUAAAUAGUGCAGGAGGACUCGACUGUGGUGAAUGGAAAUGGAAAAGCGCGGGAGGAAUAAGUCGAGGAAAGAGUAAUAUAUUAGGGCGUGAUAGGUAACAGCUAGAUCGUUCGUCCUGCAGUCGCUGACCAAUUGAUUUGGAACGAAUUGAUCAGUUGAGUCAAGCACUUAUAGAGUCAGCUGUUCCAUUGUUGACAUUCUAUCUACGAGUUUGAUUAAUCAGAUUGAUUGGCUUAGUGACUCUCCUGCCUGGCCUUCUUAAUUAUUUUCUCUCUCCCCGUCUAUGAUUUAGCUGUUAUUAUGGUCUAAUUAGCUGUUGUUGGCCGCUCGCUGCAUGCCCAGUUGGUCUGCCUAUUUCUCUGUUAGAUGUGCUUUGCAAUGUGUUGGGAAAUCCUUGGCCUCUGUGCACCUCUCCCCUCACGCGUACCGCGUCCUCUUAGUGAAACCUUGUACUUCUUCCUUUCCCCCCCCUUUCCCCGCCCCUUCCCCCCAUUUCUCUUCUCACUGAUAGAUGACGAAUAUGUCGAAAUUAGGGACGGCGGUCCUGAUUGGCCCUAACAUGGCCUCAGCAGGUGUUUAUUCUUCUUUCUGGAGUUCUGGAGUAUGACUGUCCAUGCUAUGUCUCCUUCGACCUCUCUGCGACGACUACGGUAGCUUCUUAGGGGCCAAUGAGGUACCCCUCCUUCAAUCUGUGCCCCGCUUAGGGGCUGGCUUGGCCGAACUUUGGUCGACUGGGCAUAGGAGAAUGCUUUCAGUCGACUGGGCAUAGGAGAAUGCUUUCAGUAAUUUUCCCUUUACUUAAUGAACGGUAUUGGAAUCAGAAGGCGGUAGCUAGCCAGCCGAGAAAACGGCAGGGAGGUAGGUAGGGGUUACCGUAUCUUUUUUUUUUUUUUGAUAUUUUUUUAAACGGUUACCGUAUCGGUAUGUGCUAAGGUGAAGGAAGCGCCCAAGAGAGGGAAGGGAAGUCUAAGGAACGGCCAUCGAUGGCUAAGGAAUGAAUUAGGAGGAGGGGAUCACCAAGGAGGUGAGGGGUUAGUGGAGAAAUGCCGGCUAGGAGGAAGGAGGGGGGAGGGGUUAAUUAGGAGGAAAAUUGGAUGUAGCAAGGAGGACGGUUUAGAGAGAAAGGAAUUUCUCCCUGGAAUCAAUAAAGCCCCUCGAGAACAAAAAUGAGGUAACUUGCGAAAGCAAAGCCCUCACCACAAUCAAGCAAUUCCGUGAAUCAAGGGAUGCAUACAAUAGGAGGCGAAGAGAUUCUACACAUCAAUCAACAGAUCUCAAGCAGUCAAUCAACGGAUGUGGAUGUGGUAGCCGGGGGGAUAGGAAAGGCUCACGUAGGAGCAGAGGUCGGCGGGGAGAAAGUGGGAUUGAAUCCGACAAGUAAUUCUCAAAGGAAAGCGUGUGUUUCAACAGGGACAAGUAGCUUGAAGUAGGAAAUCUGCUUGCUUGCUAGGAAGGCUAUCGUUAGGACGACAUUGUUUGCGAGGACAACGACACUGCUUCGAGGUUGGUGCAGAAGAAGAUACUAGAUACUAGAUGGGUAGGUUGCAGAACGGAAGGCGUAGCAGAAGACGUUAGCUUAGCGGAAGAAUGUGGUGGGUAAGUAGCUGAGGAACGUAAGUAUGAGGCGGCGCUGAGAAAGAGGCUCGUCGUUAGACUAGUAGAGGGAGGAGCUUACUAGAAGGGAGUGGUAGUGCAACAUCGGUUAGUUUCGCGGGAUAUCGUGGAGUGGUGGUGCCAGGCGGCCCAAUGCAUUGUCGAAAAAGCCAUUGCACGCACAGGUGGCACUUGACUUAGCAGUGGCUGUGGGGCAUUUGAAUGGUGCAAAAUCUGGGGGUAAAAUGUCACCAUGGAUUGUUCUUACGUCCUCGUCGACGAUGAUCGCUGGUGUAGCCGGCGUUGGAUUACUUUGCGUAUUGCUAAUCGUUUGGCGGCUCUUCUCGAAGCCUAAGAUUGUGGCCAUUUCUUCGGAAGAGGAGCUUGGGACUCAGGUCUUCAGCAUGGAUGCAGUCCCGUCGAAGCUGGAUGUGGUAGUGAUUGGCUCCGGGCUGGGUGGUCUGAGUGCAGCUGCGUGCUUGGCCCGUGUUGGAAAAAGGGUUCUCGUCUUGGACCGAGAUGCGGCUUCUGGUGGAUGUGCACAAUCUUUUGUGAACAGGGGGUUUCAGUUUGACUCUGGGUUUCAAUAUGUACCUGGCAGCCUGGCAGACCCUUCUGCUCCAAUCGGGAGACUGUUCAACGCGUUACUUGGCUGGGGCGUUGAAUGGGUGCCCCCUCGUUCUGACUGUUAUGACAAAGUGGUAUUUCAGGAUGACGAGGAGGAAUUUGCUUUCAAGGAAGCAUUGAGCACGCUUCAGCGAGAUCUGGAAACGAAGUUUCCCAGCGAAAGUGCAUCAAUUCAAUCCAUCUUUGAGUUAAGCAGAGAAGUUGGUGCAGCGUUUGCUGGGCUUUGUGUAUGGAAGAUGUUGCCGAGGUGGGUAAGAGACCACUUUGACAGCAUUGCGCGGUUGUUCCUCAGUCCAGUUUGCGACGUUGGUCUGUCAACAACGUACGAUAUGCUCCGACAGUUCACAGAGGAUGAACGCCUCACUGGAGUCUUGACAUCUCAAUGGUUUGAGUAUGGACUUCCACCAAAGGAGUCCUCUUUCUUUGUCGCCUUCUUUUCCUUACUGAGUGUUUGCAAGGGGGCUUUCUACCCACAGAAGGGAAUUGGGUCAAUUCCAAAAGCCCUGGUAUCGCAGAUAGAGCGUGCGGGAGGGAAGGUUCUCCAGCGUGCCCACGUACAGCACAUUCUUGUUGACAACCUAAAGAAGACAGUUGUGGGACUGCGAUUGACUACCGUACAGGGCGAGGUGGUUCACAUAAGAUGCAACUGCAUCGUCAGUGGCAUUGGGGCACUGCCAACCUAUGAGACUUUACUCGAUGAGGAAUCACGGAGGGCUCUGGGGGUCGGAGAUGCAAUCGCCAUGUUACAUCAAGAUGUUGGACCAUCCAAAGUUGUCAUAACAAUGUUUGUGGGUCUGAGAGGAAGUCACUCUGAACUAGACUUGCCAGGGCACAAUACUCGUGUGCACUGUUCGCAUAAUUACAAAGAGAAGAUUCUAGUGGAGCUCGAAGGCAGUGAAGGUGGACUGAUGGAAAGGCGAAGUAUAGGGAGGGGGGGAAGCCCGGGGGAAUCGAAGGACGGGGAGCAUACCUGGAGUUUUGUUGAUGCCAAUGGACUUGUAGAAGGCAAUUGCUCUCAUAGUUCGAGCGAUGGAGAGAGUACAGGGGCCUGCUUAGAGGAGGGGCUACUGCCGGUCGAUUGUCUGACGAUCUCGUUCCCAUCAGCCAAGGAUCUAAAUUACAUGGCACGGCAUGGAAACAGGUCCACCUGUUGCGUCCUUGCCACAGUGGACGGCAAGUGGUUGGAAGCAUGGUCAGCAGGGGAAAGUAGGGGGGGUACCAUUGACAAUCUGAAGACGAACCUCGCAGCAGCGCUGCUAGUAAAGCUGUUCGAAUUAUAUCCGUUGCUGCGGCGGAAGGUUGAGUUUGUUGAUGUUUCUGUGCCGUGGAAGGUGCCAUGGAAGGUAAGCGAUGGUGAUUUCUUCGCAGUGGAAAGGGGCAUGUCAUAUGGGCUGGCAUCGCGGCCGCAGAGGUUCUUGCCACGCAUCCAGAAAUUCUUGGGACCCACCACAGCGGUGAAAGGGCUGUUCCUUGCAGGCCAAGAUGUGCUGGUGACCGGUAUGGUGGGUGCUUUCUUAGGAGGUGUACUGGCAGCAAUUGCGGUGUCAAAACUGUGCCUGCUAGAUCUCUUGUGGGUUGUGAUGGGGUGGAGCCGCCGAAAGCAAAUACCUCGAUAGAAGUAAUUGUGAUUUGCUGGCAUUCAUAUGCGCUUGGUGCAUGGUCGUAUACGGUGUGGGAUUCGAGCAUGGUUGUGUCCUCGUACGGGAAACAAAUGCUAGGAAAAAGCUGGAGACAGUUUGGUUAUGAGCUUGCCAUGUGCAUCUCUUCACCAGCAGAUUGGACUGCAAAGGGAUUUGCAGGUGGGAGACAGCAGCAGGCUCACACCCACCCACAGUAGACACUUCAAGUGGUGGUUUACAUUCAUGUUGUCUUGCCUUACCUUCUGCGUGACAAACCUUUCCAACAUAAUUCCUGUUACAACUCUCGAGUGUUUUCUUACGUUGGUCCAGUCGUAGAUAUUGCGUGGAUGCCAGGAGACAGCGCAAAUUAUCAAGCGCCUCCAGCGAUGGACAGUAUAGGUGCUUCUGUGACAACUGCCAUUGACUAACGCUCUCUUCCCUGCACUGUACCCUUAGUUUCAUUUGCCAUUUAUACAGAGCCAUUAUGGGAUUGUGGUUCAGGGUCUACUACGCUAAUGAAGCCCCAGGAAAACG